CGCCGCUGGGGCUCCCGUUCGUUGUCAAGUGCAGGCUGCUUCCAAGACAUCAUCCGCCCUCCCCCCUUCAACGCCCAUCACCGCCACCGAUUCCCUAACCUCGUUGCGCAAGCCAGUCCCUCGGGAAACACACUUGUCUGCUCCUUUCUGAUUCUCCGAUUCUCGUCCUUCUCUUCGCAUCGCCGUGCCCCCCGCCAGCCGCACCAGACACACUUCGGAAACAAAGCGAUAGAGUAGUGCCUACCGGACUGCAGCCAUCGCCAUCAUGAAUCCAGAAUACGAUUACCUCUUCAAACUCCUCCUCAUCGGUGACUCCGGCGUUGGAAAGUCAUGUCUUCUGCUGCGGUUCGCGGAUGACACCUACACCGAGAGCUACAUCUCCACCAUCGGCGUCGACUUCAAAAUCAGGACGAUCGAGCUUGAUGGCAAGACGGUGAAGUUGCAGAUUUGGGACACAGCCGGACAAGAGCGAUUCCGAACCAUCACAUCCUCCUACUACCGUGGCGCGCACGGCAUCUGCGUCGUGUACGAUGUCACCGACAUGGACAGCUUCAACAACGUCAAGCAGUGGCUGCAGGAGAUUGACCGCUACGCCACCGAGGGUGUGAACAAGCUGCUGGUGGGCAACAAGAGCGAUAUGACGGACAAGAAGGUGGUGGAGUACACCGUGGCGAAGGAAUUCGCAGACUCCCUCGGCAUCCCCUUCCUCGAGACGUCGGCGAAGAACGCGCAGAACGUCGAGCAAGCCUUCCUCACCAUGGCGCGCCAAAUCAAGGAGCGCAUGGGCAACACGACGGUCAACAACAAGCCCACCGUGCAAGUCGGGCAAGGCCAAGGCGUGCAAUCCGGCAGCGCCGGCGGCUGCUGUUAAAUGCAGACGAGAUCUCGAGCAGGAAAGACGGAAAACACACGUUUGGAUGCUUGGGCUUGCUUGCUUUGCAUGAUCUUCAAUCAACAUGACGCGGGCGUUCGAGCAUGUCUAGAUCGUUGCUUUUUUCUUGAUUGGGGGUUUUUGUGUUUUCUUCUUUUCUUUCCUGGGUAGUGGAUGGAUGGAUGGAGGCGGCACGAGAAUGAGGGAGGACGGGGGAAGGCGCGUGGCGGAUUUGGUAAUGGAUUGCUUCCUUGAAUGGAGCUCUCCCUCUGUGAGCGUGCGAUAAUGACUCGAUCUUGAAUCGAAAGGUGCACGUUUCGCGGAGACAUCUAUAGCCAUAGCUACCUACCGGUGUUGCCUUCGGUGCGAGAGCGGCGUAUCGACAUACUCUUUGCAAUCGUAGACUGUUGAAUUCUCCCUUCUGUACUACUUCUCGCCAUCCGUACCUAUCGACUACUGUGCAAUAAAGGAGAAGGACAUGAGAGACAUGGG